GUGACGAUACUUGCCAAAUUCAUUUCAGACUCUUUGCUGUACUCAUAUAAGUCCACGCAGAGCAGGUUCCUCAAACUUGUAGCCAACCAGCACCUGGAGAGGUGUCAUACUUGUCUGCAGCAAGUGCCGCUCAGGAAGCGAUCACACAUGUACAAAGUGUUGUUGCCAUGCCAAGUCUAGUCCCACCACCACCAACGGAGCUGCAGCAUUUCAACAAAAACAUGGAGCAUAAGAGAGGAGGAAACUUGAAGUUUCGGCUGCAUUGUAGAUCUCAACCUGCGAACACUGAUGGGCUUUGUUUUGAAGAAAUGUCCCAGUGGUCACACUCACUGGAGAGACUUCUAUCAUCCAAAUAUGGCAUGAAGAUAUUCCAGGCCUUCUUGAAGUCAGAGUUCAGUGAUGAAAACAUUGAGUUCUGGCUGGUGUGUGAGGACUAUAGGAAGAUCAAGUCUUCCUUCAGGAUGUCCUCCAGAGCCAAAAAGAUCUUCAAACACUACAUCCAAGCAGAGGCUCCGAGAGAGAUCAACAUUGAUCACAAGACCAGGGAUCUGAUCAGGCGGAACAUUAACGCAGCCACCCCAGAGUGCUUCAGUGAUGCACAGAGGAUUGUCUAUGGGUUAAUGGAGAGGGACUCUUACCCACGUUUCCUCAGGUCUGACAUUUACCAGGCUCUGAUGGACUCCACUUCAGACCUGGAGAAGAUGUAAGGAAAACAGCUAGUGGGGCCAUUGAGUUUGUAGAAGCUGGACAGUGAAGCUGAGACCAAUGCUGGACGACUUGAGAAAGGCUUUGGUGCGUAUGUUUGCUUGUUCUGGGACCACGGCUGGUGAUUCAAACCAAACGCAUCCAUUUUCAGCACCUUCACGUCUUCCUUUGCAGUUGGGAAAGUCGUGUUUUGAGGUUGCACCUGUUGUGAUAUAUAGCGCCUGUAGAGCACAAGAAAUGAUUUCAUAGAGAUGCCGCGAUUACAGAGUAAGAAAAACUGUUAGGGACUUUCUGUGAGCGAUGCCAGGAAGUGGUGCACAUCACCUUCCAUUCACAGACUCAAGAGCUGGUAUCAUAUUGUAACGUUGCUGUUACCUUAUAAAAGCAAUAGAUGUCAUUUAGAUGUGGAUUAUUUAUUUGUUACAUGCUGACACUGAUGCCACGAUGUUACGACCAUAAACUGUUAUAAGCUGUAUUCCCACCGUGUGUACAAACUGUGACUGUUAGGACUGAUUUGUGUAUAUUUAAUAAUUUUAGGAAAGUCACCUAAGGGUGAUUAAUAAAUGUACAUUUUAUCUUAUAAAAGGAAUUGUUUUAAAUGUUAAAUGUAAGUGAUAGCUACAAACUAGGUCUGGAUACUGUAAACCUCUCUCUAGGCACACUUAAAAUAAAGUCACUUAGUUAUACUUCA